CGCAGACGACGUCAGACCCACGUGACCAGCAGGAAGGAAGAGGUCGAAAGAAAACAGAAAACAAAAUGGCAGCGGGAUCGGAUCACGGGCUGAAAAAAAUUGUUUGGAAAAGAAUAAAAGAUACAAUAAUCACAGACUGCCGGAAAUCGGAAGUAUGGAAGAUUUUGAUUUUGGAUCCUUUCACCACAAAGCUUCUCUCAUCAUGUUGCAAAAUGUCUGAUCUGAUGGCAGAGAAAAUAACAAUUGUGGAGGACCUGUUUAAAAAGAGAGAGCCUGUUCUUGAAAUGAAAGCCAUCUAUUUUAUGACCCCAACUGCCAAGUGUGUGGAAGCCUUUUUAGGUGACUUUGAAAAGAAGCCAAAGUACAAAGCUGCAUAUGUUUAUUUUACCGACUACUGCCCCGAUGACCUAUUCAACAAGAUGAAGUCCCGCUGUGGAAAGUUCAUUCGUGUCUUCAAGGAAAUUAAUAUGUCAUUCCUGCCACAAGAGGCACAAGUGUUCACAUGUAACAAUCCUGAAGCUUUCCGGAGCAUCUACAGUCCUCACAGUCAGGACAAGAUGAGCACUCUGGAAACACUCGCAGACCAAAUCGUUACUCUCUGUGCAACUCUGGACGAGUACCCAGGAGUCCGAUACAAGAAAGAGAGCAACAUGGAGAACGCCAAAACUCUUGCCGAGCUGGUGGACAACAAAUUGGCCAAGCACUAUGAGCUGGAUGACAGCGACAAGAAGAAGGGAAAAACCCAGGCCCAGCUGUUGAUAGUGGAGAGAGGUUUUGAUCCUGUCAGCCCAAUUCUGCAUGAACUCUCCUACCAAGCUAUGGCCUAUGAUCUCAUUGAUAUUCAGGAUGACACCUUCAGGUACAAGUUGAAAGAUGGCUCAGAGAAGCAGGCCCUGCUGACUGAGGAUGACAUGCUGUGGGUGAAGCUCAGGCACAAACACAUUGCUGAGGUCUCUGCAGAAAUCCCCAAGAUGGUGAAAGAGAUAUCGGCAAGCAAACAGCAGCCAGAUGAAAAGAUAACGAUAAGUAAGUUGGCCCAAAUGAUGAAGAAGAUGCCGUCAUUCCGCAAACAGCUGAAUGAGAAAACUACUCACCUCCAGCUGGCUGAGGAAUGCAUGCAACAUUUCUCAAACAAUGUUGAGAAACUCUGCAAAGCAGAACAGGACCUCGCUGUUGGUUCAGAUGCGGAUGGAGCGAAAGUGAAGGACUCAAUGAGGACUCUGCUGCCGGUGCUGCUCCAUCCGUACAGCACCUACGACAAGAUCCGAGCUGUGCUGCUCUACAUCUUCAGUGUCAAUGGAACAACAGACGAGAACUUGAACAAACUUAUCCAGCAUGUAAAGAUUGAAGACGAACGAGAGUUUAUACUAAACUGGAAAGAACUGGGUGUCCCCAUCAUCACGUCGUCGAGUUUCUUCUCCCGCAAACCAACACGACGUGAUCGGUCCCAAGAGGAGAAGUACAACCUUUCGAGAUGGACUCCAGUCAUAAAGGAUGUGAUGGAGGAUGCGGUAGAAAACAAAUUGGACACCAAAGAAUGGCCGCACCUUUCUGAGUCUCCUGCUGCCUGGAACGGUUCCGGGGCUGUCAGCGCCCGUCAGAAACACAAGCCCAGUGCUCAAGACGAACGCCGGACUGGCUCUCGCCUCAUCAUCUUUGUUAUCGGUGGAAUAACUUACUCUGAGAUGCGGUGUGCUUAUGAGGUCACCCAAGCAGUGAAAUCCUGUGAGGUUAUUGUAGGGUCUUCUCACAUUCUGACCCCCACCAGUCUUCUGGACGACAUCAAGGCUCUGAGUAAAACCUCGAUGGAAAGCUUUACAAUAGAAGAAAGGAGCACUGCCUGAGGAAUCUGUCCCCAACUUUCCAACUCAUCCUCACAUAUUUAAUCACUUAACACAGUGCUCAAAGACCUGAGUGAAAUACUGAAGGGAAUUUACUUUUUUCUCAUCUUUGCCUUUUCCUACUCCGUGCCCAUUUAUGUUUGUGGACAUUGGCAGCACUUUCCUUUUUGAUUUAGUCAUUUCACUAAACAGAUUUUCUUAUAAGAAGACAAACUUUAAGGAACUUGUUUAUGAGGUCCACUGCUUCCCAAUGAGAUUUACUGGUAAAUUAAAACCUAUUUGACUUAAUUACCUGAAGUGCAUUUUGAGUUUAAAAAAAGACUAACCUUUUUAAGUACAUUUGCCUUAAUCCUUUAAUAAUGAUGCUUUUGAGGUUUUAGGCUGAAUAACCUCUGAGAAAUACUAAUACGAAAAUGUUGAAGGAAAAUGAGCCCAACGUUGAUGUAUAUACUGUACCUAUGUUCUUUCUUCACUCUUUCACUUUCUGUUGAACAAAACUGUUUAGUUUGAGUUUUGUAACUAAGUAUUUGCUAUUUUCUGAAACUGAACAACUGACUAAUAAAUGGAUGAAGUGGUUCUAA